AUGCUUGCAUUCCAGUCCAUAGGUAGGAUCGUAAGUUUGCGCGGUCGCGAGCUCAAUGGGAAGGGGGUUAGUGCUAGGUUCUACUAAAUAGCGAGGUAACCGUGCGCACAAUAGCUUUCUUUGGGCAAAAUUUUGGUAAGAUGUGGCUAUAUAGCCCCACCUGAUGGUCACAAUGCUUUUGGGGUUGUUGUUUGGGUUUCGAGUUAGGUGCUAGGGGUAGGAGUUAUGGUUACGGGCUGGAGUUACGGGUUAAGGUUAGGAGCUAGCGUUAGGGAUGAUGGCCAGGGGCUAGGGUAAGGGGUCAGAGUUAGAGGCUACGGUUAGGGUUAGGGGUUAGGACAACUAUUACUCAACCACCCAUAGUAAAACUGCACACUCCCAGUGGUAUUACUUUGGUAUACAACAGCUUGACCUCGUCGCCCGAGCGCUCACCGACCCCACCUGUAAAAACUCCUAUUACCACCGGUCCCGUAUUAGAGGUGGUUGGGGUUUGUUUGCUUCUGGGGGGGGGGGAGCUAAGUAAACACAUCUGACCAAAAAUGCGACCUCGCAAACUAUCAUCAGAUCCCACCGAGCCACCGAGCUGGAACAUUCCAAGUUAUUUUAAGUUUGUGCAACCGUUGGGUUUGGAAAACUCCAAUAAAACGUCAAAACGGCUUUAACUUAGUCGAUUUAAGUCUAAAGUAAUUAUUUGAUUUGACAAGUUUAUGCUGCAGGAAAUUCAAACAAAAAAUCGACAAAUAUCCGUGAAUGCGAAAUGGCGGCGUGGUAAAUUUAUGGCAGAUAACGAACAUGUAAUUCGUAGGGUGAGCAGAGAUAAAGUCGAAUGAUUAUUGCUCGGUGGUUUGCCCUGAUACCCCUUAUGCAAGCAUUAGAUCACGUAGGCGAUCCUGACCUCUGUGAAAAAUCUGCAGUUAGUAAAUAGCCAUUCCGUUCCAUUCGAUGCAGUCGUUCGCUACUGUUUUAAAGGAUGCAAGCGGUUUUGUUCCUCUCCGUUCUUGUGUUCAACACCUUUUUAUGAUGAUAGUCCGUGUUCAUGUAAACGGAUCACUUUGAGGAAGUUUGUCAGACGAAAACGAGUCCACGUUAAUGGCGCGCACAUAUCAGCUUGUUUUGGACACUUUAAGAACCGCUCUCGCCUAAAUUGUGAUAAGUAUAUUUGACAUAUCGUGUCUCGAAGAACCUUUUCGGACAUUCGCCAAUUUAAAAUUUGAAUUUCUGACUGUUAACUUCCGACAGCCCGCAGGAGGCCAGCCCAGAGCGCGAUUCCCCGGAAACGUUCAAUCGAAAUUCUGUUAAUUAGCAAAAUGCUUUUUGGGCAGCAAACAACCCUUCAUAUUCAGUUCACGACAUCUCUGCAGAGCAAACGUGUAAUACUGCUAUCUCUUUAAAAAUUCGCCCCUAAUCUUUUGAAACAGUCUUACAAAGACGGUCCCAUGAUACGGUCAACGCAAUUAGUCUCUCGAAUGACAGGAAGCGGAACUUCUAAACACCCUGUCUACUUUUCUCGCCAUUGAUUCUCACGCAAAUACUAACACCACGUUUACUAACAAUGAAACAUUUCACUCACUACCGUUGGUUUUCAUUCUGGAUAUUUUCUUAUUGUAUGAGUUUUGGUUAGAAAUUUUUUUUCUUAAGUGAGCAUAACCAUUAAGACGCAGGAAUAGUCGAUAUAUAACCGUAGUACGUCCAGGUGAAUGCGGUAAAUUUAUGAUUUCAUACAUCCUAGACAAAUCUCGUUCGCAAUAAACACAGUAAGUUUCAAACUCCUAUGUCUGACUGCCUUUGGAAGCCACUUUAAGGGUUCUAAAGAACUCAACGAAAAGAAGCAAACCCACUCGAGGUGUUUUUAUGAACAAAUUAAGUCUACUUUCCUAGGCCACCUGAAAGGUAAACACUUCUGAUCAAUGUGCGCUUGAAACAGCGGAAUUUAAGCAGCUCUUGGAAAUUGCAUCAUAUACGCCUUAAGUCAAGGGUACGCCCAUAGAAAUGUACGUCUGGCAAACUUCAAUUACGACGGUAUUAUCAGUAGGCAUGGCACAUAAGUACUAAAAAUCUCAGAUAUGCAGCGUGAACAACAUUUCAGACAUUUUUGAAUUGACGCCUGGUCCCAUAGCAACAAGCAUCAUAUUCUUUUUAGCCUAGUAGUUCGUAAAAAUUGAAAAAAACGAUUACGAGAAAGUCACGAUCACUGGGGCAGUAAAUUUAUUGGCCUUAGCUUCCGAACUCGAACUGAACUUCAUCAUCAGAGACUGCUAUAGUGCAGCAACGUGUAAACAUGUAUAUCAUUGUGUCUUGAAGGGGGGAGAUUACGUCUGUGGCUAGAUCUGGUUUGUGUCGCAUGGUACACACAGCCAGGUGGCGCAGCUCACAUCGCCGCGAAGUACAAAUGGUGUCACCAUAGGAGGGGACCAUUUUGGACCAGGACCAUUUUGGACGUAAUCUCUCCCUUACGACGCGACGAUAUAAAUUUUCACACAUUGCUGCACUCUAGCGGUCUCUGAUGAUGAGCUUCAGUUCGAGUUUGAAAGCUAGCGUCAAUAAAUCUACCGUCCCAGUGAUGGUGCCUUCGUCUUCCUUUUAACAAGAACCUGGGAUGUACAUAUGCUCUUCCAUUCAUGAGAAAGUCAGUUCCAUGGGGUUAAAGUCGUUUGGGAAAACCAAAAUGCCUGUUGAAAUGAAUUCUUUCUCUUUCUCUCUACAAAGUCCCACCGCAGCCAAUAAACUUUCGUGGCGUCAGUAUCUCGCCGACGGCAAUUCAACUGGUCUGGUCACCCCCGGAACUGUCACACGGCAUGAACAUCCUCGACUACCAUCUGCGCUGUCGGUCGGCUGGGGGCACCCGACCGGCACCCUUCCAGAACGCCGCCGUAACUCCACCGCUCUCUAUCUCCAUUCCCGCCAAGCACACCGGCUACGUGGUCGAGGGCCUUCAGCCGGAUACCCUCUACCAAAUUUCGCUUGCGGCACGAACGAAACACGGUUCGGGAGUCGCCACACACGUCGAGAUCAGGACGCUGAGUAAUGGUGAGUAGCAUGUGCGAGUCCUGCUAUUUCUUGGCCUUGUGAUCGAUAGCAGUGGAUUGGUCAGCGCAUUUUGAGGGAUUCGUUUCAUUGAUUGGUCGAAAUACACGCAGUCUGAAUUUACAGCUCCGGCGAUAGGUCUUUGAAAAUCAGACAGCUAUUUUAUUUCUGCUGCACAAUGCUUCACCCAUCAGCGAAUUUAAAUGCAAAGAAUAAUUUGCUUAGUCUGGGAUUUUUACAAACCAUUAUAAAAAGGAUCCAAAUGCCAGGAAUCUAGAGAAUAUAGUUCUUCUGACCUACGGCAGCACCUGGUGAAUUCCUUUUGACCGGAUAGCGCACAACUAAUUGCCGCUAACGAACAGAGACUAAUAUAGUAAAUCGGCCGCACGCAUUUUCAAAAAUUCGAUAAAAAACACUUAGCAGACAUCACAGCAAAUAAACCCUGAGGAACUGCAGUUCCAAUACCUCUUUAAAAACGCCUGUCUAUUUACGUCUUAGUAGAAGAUUUGGGAAAUCGGAGAGUUGAAAAAUCUAGUCUGUUUUUGACAACUACAAACGCAAAUGACGAAAACCUUGAAAAGAGCUAACAUUAUUUCUUUUUAAGAGGAACUAUUGAGAAAUGUUAAAAUGUUAUCCCCCUGCAAAUCUGAUCUGGAUUUGGGCUGGCUAUAUUUUCAUGUGGCUUCCCUCCCGGAAACUUUGUUUUAAAAGAACUGUAAAGGGAUAGACUCAAAUAUCUACCAUCUGUGUUUGCUUUGCGGCAUGUGAGUUCUCGUGGCUCUGACGUCUUCAGACUUCCACCGUUUUCUUUCUACGCGGCAAGGCACUGGGUGUUAUUUUCGGAUUUUUGGCCAAACGCCAUGGCGCAGUCGGCUAUGUUGACAUAGCAUCUGACCUCAGCUUUAUUGUUUGGAGGUUGAAAAGAAAAUAAGGGUUACACAGUCAGAUUGGAGGUGAAUAAAAAUUAAGGGCAAAUGCGCAGUUUCAUCUCUUCUUGUGGAAAAGUAAAAAAAAUUUAAGAUACAUAAGACUUGCGAAAUGUCGAAUUGCAUUGAAGGAAUGGCUUCGCGAUUCUGACAUAUUUUUGGUUCAUUAUGCGGAAUCAAGGCAUUUCCUGGGCUUUUGGUAUUCUGAACAGGUUCCAGUUGCACUAUGAAUACACAUUAGUUGUGCAGUCUCUGAAGUCCUCUCAGGAUAACCAAUUAGAUUAAUUAAUUCACUACAUGAAAAUUACCUAAGAAAGAAUCUUUUAGACGCCGUUGUUGAAAAACUACCAAAGUUUACUAAAAGUUAGGUAUCCUGCAAAAUCUGAGUUGAAGCAAGCUUUGGGAGGGCAAAAGACUUCUUUCAGCAAAUUUUUCGCAUCAUUUGCCCAGACAGUUGUCAGACGUGUAGCUGAUGUGCAGUUAAAAGUCUGUAAGCGUCUGCUAUGCCCGGAUCAGCAAACCAUGUCCCUAGCAACCUAGUGCGAUGUGGCAGUUCUCUGGCACCUGGUUCCCUGCCGGUAGGUGCCCCUGCGCUUUCGCUGGGUAUAAAGGUCGUGAGCAUGGCUGCCUUGUCAUCCUCGUCUUUCUAACCCAUUGUGGUGCUGUUGUUGGCGGUCAGAAUCCUGGUCAAAUGUUUGUUGGGGACCAGGGGGUGUGGUGGUACGCCUUGAUGCGGGUCCGGCCGAGCCAGCCACCUUCGCCUCCCUCAGCUCCGAUCUUCUUGACAACAUCUUGACACCGGGCUCAGGUGGGGAGGAGGAGAGAGUGCCAUAG